AUGGACCCAAAAACCGAAUCCGCAACUUCAACAGAAGGUGACGGCCCUCAUAAACGUCAAAAAGGGCUGAAAUAUGGAAGUAACUCUAGCAGCAACCCACCGUCCAAAAACGAUGAAUAUCCCAAUGAUGCAGCAAAGGAACGUGUCAUAUUGAAAAGAAGAGUGGGACUUCUGAGUGGUGUUGCUUUGAUUGUAGGGAACAUGAUUGGUUCAGGUAUUUUUGUGAGUCCAGGGCAAUUACUGAACAGAACUGGUUCUGUGUCAGUUGGCUUGAUUGUCUGGGUAGCCUGUGGACUGCUGUCUUCCUUGGGAGCUUUGGCAUAUGCAGAACUGGGAGGAGUGAUUCCCAAAAAUGGAGGAGAGUUUGUGUAUUUGCUGGAGAGCAUGAGAGACCUGCACCCAGUUCUGGGUCCUCUGCCAGGUUUCCUGUUUGUCUGGGUUACAUCCAUUUUGCUGAGACCCUCUUCACAGGCCAUCCUCACCCUCACUUUCUCCAGGUACUUGUUGUAUCCCAUCUGGAAUGGUCUGACAGAUGUUGAUUUGGACAACCCUGACUGCGCAGAUGUUGAUUUGUGGAGCUACAAAAUUACAGCUGCUGCCUGUGCAUGUAGUGUUGGUGGAACGGUAGUUGAAAAUAUUUUGCUGAGUAACACUUGCUCCUGCUUAAAAAAAAAAAUCAAUUUCCAAACCUUUUCGACAUUCUUUACAGGUCUGGUGGCUUUUGUCAAUUGUUACAAUGUUCGACUUGCAACGAGAGUGCAGAAUUUCUUCACUGCAGCAAAGUUGAUUGCCAUCGUGAUUAUUGUCAUCGGAGGAAUUUACAAGAUGAGUCAAGGAAAUUAUGGCAACUUGAAGCCAGAUUUUGAAAACACUGGGGAAGUUGGACAAAUAGCAACUGCAUUUUACAGCGGCCUGUGGGCAUAUGAUGGCUGGAACAACAUGAAUUACAUCACUGAAGAAAUCGAGAACCCAUUUGUAAAUUUGCCACGGGCCAUAAUGAUCGCUGUUCCAUUGGUAACACUGUGUUACACCUUGGUGAAUAUUGCUUACUUGACAGUAAUGACAGCUGGUGAAAUAAUUGCAAGUAAAGCAGUUGCUGUGACAUUUGGUGAAAAAGUUUUGGGGAAGGCUGCUUUCAUCAUGCCUCUUGCUGUUGCGUUUUCUACCUUUGGAGCAGCAAAUGCAUCUGCAUUCACGGUUGGAAGGUUUGUUCCAUUUCUCAAUGCUGAAAUGCCCAGAAGGGAACAAUGUGUUAGGUUCUUAGUUUGGGUACCCGGUCAACCGCCAGUCGGUAAAAUCACAGUUGUGCACCUGCCAGCUGUCAAGCGCCGGUUGGUCCAACUGCCAGCCAGGGCAGUCCUUGGCCUUGCCAAUCCCCUGCCCAUCAAACCGCUGUUUGGUCACCCAAUUGUUGUAGCACUGGGACAAUUGGGUGACAAAACCCAUGCUGAUUCUUUCCAAACUUUUAUGAGCAGAAUGGAUACCAUUCUGCUCAUCAAAUUCUGGAAAGAAUCAGCAUCAUUCUUGUCACCCAAUUGUUCUGGUGCCUCAACAAUUGGGUCAACAAUUGGGUCCUGCCCACCAAACCGGGGUUUGGUGGGCAGGGGAUUGGCAAAGCCAAGGACUGCCCUGGCUGGUGGUUGGACCGACCGGCGCUUGAUGGCUGGCGGGUUGACAUACUCAGCAGCUAAGGAGGGACACAUGGUUGAUGUUAUGUCCUAUGUUCAGGUGAAGAGUCUUUCACCUGCACCAGCAAUAAUCUUCAAUGCCAUGCUGGCAGUGGUCAUGAUCAUGAUGGGUGACAUAGGGGAUCUGAUAGACUUUGUCAGCUUCACCAGCUGGAUUUUCUAUGGUCUUGCUAUGGUUUCUCUCAUCAUUUUGAGAAGGACUCGGAGAGACUUCAAGCGUCCUUACAAGGUGAACAUCCUGGUGCCCAUCACCGUUGCAUUGAUUGCUAUUUACCUCGUCGUUGGGCCAAUUGUAGCAGACCCGAGAGUUGAAUACCUCUACGCACUCGGGUUCAUUUUUCUUGGGGUUUUGGUGUACAUCCCAUUUGUGGCGCACCAAUACUCUCUUCCAGGAAUGAGUGAGAAUCUCCAUUCAUACAUUUCAAUGAAAUUCGCCGCCCAGUGA